UUCUUAACAGUACAAAAUAUGUUAGUGCUACUUUAUAACAGUGUACAUGUUUUAUUUAGGCUUAGUUUUCAUUGUUUUGGGAUUUUUUUUUUGUUAUUGUGCUAUCCCAAGAAUAAGAUAGGUAAGGAAUACUUUUUGGGUUAAGAUAUUUUUCAUUUGUAAUUGUUAGCUUUCUUUUAUGACUUAGAUCUGAAUUAUUAUUUACACAAAUAAAUUGUAUUCUAGAAGCAGUCAUGGCAGGGAGGGAGAAAAAAGGGUUGGAUGGGAUGGGGAAGGUUUAUUCAGCAAUAUCCUGCUUUAGUUUAGCCAUGAAAUGAGAGUUGCCUUUAUGUAAAUUGUUCUUACUAGGCCAGCUAGCUGUAACUGCAGCCUGGCUGGGCUUGGGUAGCAAAUAACAUGUGUAAUGGACUUUAUUCUUGGAGUGUGUAGGAAUUCAGCCUUUUAGAACUGACACAAUAGCACUAAUCUGAAAAUGAGGAAUUUGAUAUCCAAAUAUGGACAUGGAAUAUGUAGAAUGUAUAAGAGCUGUAUCUAUUCAUUUAAAAAAUAUCAUCUCUCUUGUGUUCUAUUUUAAUACCUUUCUGCUUGUUAGUAAUGUUGUGUGGUAUGUAGGAGGUUCUUUACCGCACACAGUUGCUGCAGACUUAAUAGUUGGCAGCACAGAAAGCAUACUAGACAUUCAGUUGCAUUUUGGUGUCUGUACUGUGCAUGUUUUGUGAGCUUUACUGACACUGCUGCUUUUUGGCAGUUGUUGACUUGUAUAUUUUAGUCAGAUAUAAUUUCUGGACAAAUUACUUAGCAAAUAUAGACAUUGUAUGAAAGGCAAUGCAUUAAUUUAUUGUCUUUCCAAUCUAUUAUAUUUGUGCAUAAGUAUAAACCAAAUGAGGUUUUUAGGCUCAAAAUGGCUGACCUGGAAGACUCAUUUGAAUUUUGACGUUAAUGUAAAUGAAGUUAAGAGUGUCUGGUUUAUACAGAAGAAAUUCUUUUGCAGUUAUUAAGCUGUCCACAGAUUCAAAAUGGAAAGUACAGAAGAACCUCAGAAAAAAAUCUUUAAAGCCCGAAAAACAAUGAGAGUGAGUGAUCGCCAACAACUUGAGGUGGUAUACAAAGUCAAAGAAGAGCUACUGAAAACUGAUGUCAAAUUGUUAAAUGGCAAACAUGAAAAUGGUGAUUCUGACCUAAAUUCACCAUUAGAUAAUACUGACUGUAUAGAUGGUAAGGACAUGAAUGGCAUAGAAGAUGUUUGUUUGGACCUUGAAGAUAGGAAAACUGAGUUGAAGGAAUCCCCCUCAAAUUUCUUAAAUAUUGACAUAAGAGAAGAGGAUGAUGAUUCAAGUCUAAAAUGUGCAACAGCAUCUCCUAAAAAUAUAACUUAUGAACCAGAAAAAGAUACUGUCCCUGAAACUGACAAUACAGUUCCUAAUAGCAAUAAAGAUGAUGAUAAUCUUGAAAAAAGUAGCACAGAUGAUGAAAAUUUGGACCAAAGAGAAAGAGAGAGCCCACUUGAAGACAAAACUAUAGUUAGUGAUAAUACUGAAACUGAGGAGGAAAAGCUGGAAAUGAGUAAUGUGCCUAUUAGUGCUGACCUUCCUACUGAGGUUGAAAAAAAUAUGAAUGAAAAUCCUCUUACAGAGUCAGCUUUUGAAGAAGAAGCUAUAUCAAGUAGUAUGGAAAUAGGCAAAGAUGCAAAGAGUGAAGAUAACAAAUCUCCAGGUCUUCCAGAAACCACUGAUGAAAAUGUUCAAGACGAUAAAAAUGAGAGCACCUUAGACAAUGUGGACUCUAUGGAGACAGAUGAAAUUAUUCCCAUUUUGGAAAAGCUGGCUCCUGCUGAAGAUGAACUUACUUCCUUUUCUAAAACUUCUCUCAUUCCACUUGAAGAAACAAACCCAGAUUUGGGAGAAAAAUUGGAAAAUUCUCUAGGUUCACCAUCCAAACAAGAAAGUAGUGAGAGUUUGCCAAAAGAAGCUUUCUUGGUACUCUCUGAUGAAGAGGAAACUUCUGGUGAAAAAGAUGUUGAAGUUGUCUUGCCAAAUGAAUCAAGUUCUCCAGACUCCAUGUGUCCUUCCAGCUCCUUAAUUGCCUCAGUUCCAAUGACCUGUUCCUUUACUGCACUUCAGCCACAAGUAGAAACAGAGACAAAAGAAAAGGAUGCAAAAUUAGAAGAAGAAAAGGAAGCACAUAAAGAAGAAGAAAGACCUGGAAAAAAUGAAUUGCUGUCAAGGAGAAAACGGUCCAAAUCAGAAGAUAUGGAUAAUGUACAGUCUAAACGUCGACGAUAUUUGGGAGAAGAGUAUGAAGCAGAACUCCAAGUAAAGAUUACAGCAAGAGGGGACAUUAACCAGAAGCUCCAAAAGGUUGUACAACGACUUUUAGAAGAAAAACUGAGUGCUCUGCAGUGUGCUGUGUUUGAUAAGACCUUGGCAGACCUUAAAAUGCGUGUGGAAAAGAUUGAAUGUAAUAAAAGACAUAAAACUGUUCUUACAGAAUUGCAGGCUAAAAUAGCCAGGUUGACCAAACGCUUCGGAGCAGCCAAAGAGGACCUUAAGAAAAGACAAGAAAAUCCACCAAAUCCACCUGUGUCACCAGGGAAGUCAACUGCAAAUGAAGUUGUCAGCAUUAACAAUCUAACUUAUAGAAAUGCUGGCACAGUGAGACAAAUGUUGGAGUCUAAGAGAAAUAUAGGCGAGAACACACCAUCACCUUUUCAAGCCCCUGUCAAUGCAGUAUCUUCAGCCAGCAUUGCCACCCCACAGACAGCGGUCAGUGGUCAACCUAAAUCUCAAACUCCAGUAACUUCUGGUUCCUUGACGGCAUCAGUUCUUCCUGCACCAACUACAGCUCCAGUAGUUGCUUCUACCCAGGUGUCUAGUGGAAAUUCACAACCCACAAUAUCUCUACAGUCUUUGCCAGUGAUCUUACAUGUACCUGUUGCAGUAUCCUCCCAGCCUCAGCUCCUACAGGGCCAUACAGGAACUUUGGUCACUAAUCAACAGUCUGGCAAUGUUGAAUUUAUUUCUGUGCAAAGUCAGUCUACUGUUAGUGGUCUUACCAAAAAUCCAGCACCCUUGCCAUCAACAAACUCCACUAAACCAAAUAACAGCCCAUCUGUACCCAGUCCUAGUAUUCAGAGGAACUCUCCAGCCAGUGCUGCACCAUUAGGAACAACACUUGCAGUACAGGCCAUUUCAGCAGCACAUCCUAUUGCACAAGCCACAAGGACUUCUUUACCUGCAGUAGGUACUUCAGGACUAUAUAAUCCUGCCAACAAUCGAAGUUCCAUACAGAUGAAAAUUCCACUUGCUGCAUUUGGUACUACAGCUGCUGCUCCUGCUGAGCCUAGCAGUACCACAGUUCCAUCUAGAGUUGAGAACCAGACCAGCAAAACCACAGAUACUUCUGUGAAUAAGAGAGCAGCUGAGACUACCCCACAGAGUGGAAAAGCCACAGGCAGUGAUUCAGGAGGUGUCAUUGAUCUCACAUUGGAUGAUGAAGAAGUUGGUACUUCACAAGAUCCGAAAAAACUAAAUCAUACACCUGUAUCAGCUAUAAGUCAGUCGGCUCAGCCUCUUCCUCGUCCAUUACAACCCUUGCAGCCUGCCCCCUUGCAGCAGACUGGGGUGCCAACAAGUGGACCAUCUCAAACCACCAUACACCUACUACCUACAGCUCCAACAACCGUGAAUGUAACACACCGGCCAGUGACUCAGGCUACUACAAGACUCCCCAUUCCAAGAGUUCCUACUAAUCACCAAGUGGUUUAUACCACUCUCCCUGCACCACCAGCCCAAGCUCCAGUAAGAGGAGCAGUUUUGCAAAACUCUACUGUACCUAUACGGCAGGUCAACCCUCCAAAUGGAGUCACAGUGCGAGUGCCUCAAGCAGCUACAUAUGUUGUAAAUAAUGGACUAACCCUAGGAUCAACAGGGCCUCAGCUAACAGUGCAUCAUCGACCACCACAGGUGCAUCCUGAGCCAUCUCGCCCUGUGCACCCAGCACCCCUACCAGAAGCUCCUCAACCACAACGUCUGCCCCCAGAAGCUGCCAGUACCUCCCUUCCUCAGAAGCCACACUUGAAGUUAGCUCGAGUACAAAGCCAGAAUGGCAUCGUGCUGUCAUGGAGUGUCCUAGAAGUAGACCGUAGCUGUGCCAGUGUAGAUAGCUACCACCUUUAUGCUUACCAUGAGGAUCCCAGUGCCACAAUGCCAUCACAGUGGAAGAAAAUUGGGGAGGUAAAAGCGCUUCCUCUGCCUAUGGCAUGUACUCUCACUCAGUUUGUAUCUGGCAGCAAAUACUACUUUGCUGUCCGAGCCAAGGACAUUUAUGGACGUUUUGGACCUUUCUGUGAUCCCCAGUCAACGGAUGUGAUCUCUUCCCAGAGCAGUUAAACACUCGGAGCCUUUACAUCUGUCUCUCUUUUAAGAGUUCCAUUUUUUUUGUCUUGUUUUUAAUCUUGUGCAUGAUAUUCACUGUAAAAUCCACAUUCUGCAAGAUUUCUUGGACAGAUGUGUGUAAUACACUACAUACAUUUAUAUCCAGAAGUAAAAUAAACUCUCAGUCCACAAAGCAAGAACUAUUUUCCUGGACAUUUGAAGCUUCAGGAUUUUGAAAUAUAAAUGUGCACCUUCCUUUUAAUUUUGAGAUUUGGGGACAUAGUGUGUGUAUGUGUGCGCUUGCAUGUGUGUAUGAAUGUGUGUGUGUGUGUGUAUGUGUGUGUGUGUGUAUCUGUGUGUCUUUCCUGUUUAAUUCAUUGCAGCAGUUUCUCCUCUUUACAUCCUCAGAUUUACCUCUGUUCCAGUAAAGAGUGUAAAGGUCAAGGAGAAAAUAGCAUGAACAGUUAGGAUUCUGCUUCUUGAUGAGGGUGGGUUCAUACUUUGCACUACAUAACUGAAGCUAAAUGUAACCCAAAGAAACAAACAAAAAGCACAUCCGAAAUAAUUAUUCAGUAGGCUAAUUCAAACAUAGGAACGGAUUUCUUCAUAUCUUUCUUAACUUGGGUCCUUUUCCUAGUCUCUGCUUAAAUUUUGACUGGGAAAAAUAAAAGAACAUUUGUCUUCUAAACUACUCAUUCUCUGCACUGAGGAUAUGUUCUCAAAUGCAAACAUUAAUGAAGGAAGAGAACAUUAAUUCUGGUUGGUUUUGUUGAAAGAAUAUAGUAAAGAUAAAAAAGACUCUCCUGCUUGAAUCUGAGAACUUGUCUAGGACAUUUAAUAUCCACUUAAUUAACAAUCCCCCUCUGCCCUUCCCUUCUCUCCUACCAACUCUUUUAAAUUUAUUUUGUGCCUUAAAGAUUUAACUAUAAAAAUAAACAUGGCCAUAUCUCCAUUGCUGUUUACUUUUUUUCCCUUUGAGAUUUUUAUUUUAUACCUCCAUUUUUCCUCUAACUUCAGAAAAUGAUUUUUCUUUUUUUUUUCUGUUGGAAGGUGUUGGAGUUAGGGGAAACAAAACCUUAGGCUCUUUUAUGAUUCUUAUCCCAUGUUAUCAUUAGGUCUACUCAAAAUUCUUGAUUAAGCUAUCUGUCCUCCUCCUCACUCCUUAUAAUAUACCCCAAAGUGUGAUUGUUACUACCAGUUAAGCUGACUGCAUGCAGUGUGUGGACCAAAGUUUUACUAGGUUUUAUCUUAUAAACGUCAUCCUUCAGACAUCUUUGGCAUCAACACGGCAUACUUACAACAAAGAUUAACAAGACAAUUCUAGUUUAUCAUUACCAUAAUUUUUAAAAUAUUCUCUUAAUUUUAGAGUAGCAAGACCAUUUCCAAUAACUUAAAAUUCAAGGCAGAGUUAGCAUUAGAAAACAUGUUUAAAAUACCGUCUCGAUGAUUUGAAGCAACCAGUGUACUAUUUUAAGAUAAAUCAAGAAUGGUUCAUAUCUUUUUUUCACAUCAUUCUUAUUGACUUGUUCUUAGCAGUCAUGCAAAUGACUUGUAUCUUUUGAUGGUGCCAAGGUAACAGUUAAAACUGCCCUCAUAAAAUUUUGCAUAUGCUUUGGUCAAAAUUAAAGGUGUAUCACUCUGUAUUGUUUUAUUUAGCAUAAUUUUAUUUAAACUGCUGGGAAUCAUAAUUUAGCUCCAAGGGAUUCAGCCUUAGAUCAUGAUUUGUUUGUUUUUUAAAUGACAACCAUAUUGGUAUUCAACAGGUACUGAGGAUAGAUUUGUUGGUGGGGAUGGGAGGGUUGGAAUAAGUUAGGAGAGGGUUAUAAAAGAGACUUGUGAAGGAGUCUGUGAAAUAACUUUCUAAAUUUGUUAUAUUGGUGGCUUUGUUCCUGCCAUCUCAUUUUUAAAAAUCUUAAAUCUGAGAUUUGUAACUUUCUUGAAGCAAAGGAGGGGGCUAACUUUGUUCUCCUCCUGUCCUUUUUUGUAUAUCUUUGAUGGUUUGUAGUUGGACCUGUAAGGAAAUUAUCUUCUGAGAGAGUUCACAUUUCAGAUUAAUACAAUGUCAUCUGUUAGUGUGAACAGUUUAGGCUUGGUGCUGAACAAAGCCUUUCUAACUACUGAUUGCCAAUAAUGUAAUGCUCUGAUGCCUUCCUUUCACUUUCAAGGAAUAAGACUACAAUGAGAAUUAGGGUUGUGUCAAAGCCAAUUGGUUCUUUUAUUGUUUUUAUAGUGAGUAUGCUUUGAGCCAGUUCUUGCCAACUAUGGGCCUUGUAGUCAUUUGUUAGAACUAUUUUUAAGGGUGACAGUAAAGAAAUUGCCAAUGUCACACCUAAGAACUUGGGAUGGAAAUUUCAUUUGGAAGCGAUGUCGUUUUAUAUAUGUAUAUAAACAUAUACAUUUUUCUACGUGUGUGUGUGUGUGUAUAUAUAUAUAUAUAUAUGUAUGUGUGUAUAUAUAUAUAUAUAUAUAUAUAUAUAUAUAUAUAUAUAUAUAUAUAAAUUUUUAACAGUAAAAAAGAGAUGCUUAUGUUUUCAUGAUGAUUCCUGACUACAGCAUGCCCAUCUUUGACAAUGUUCUUUAUUGGCUUGUUUAAUGGUUAUGUGAUGCCUACCUACUUGCUGACUUUGCUAGAAAAAAUAUAUUGCCUAGAGUGACCAGUAUGUCUUUACAUUCACAGGCAUUCGUGUUUAUGACAAAAGCCUUCCUAGUACAAAGACAUGUAAGUCAGGUAGCAAAGCCAAGCAAGUAAAAAUUAUUUCCUUAUUUAGCCUAUUUUCCCACUGUGUGUUAUAAAAAAAAAUCUGAAAUCGCAAAUAGUAAUCUUGAAAAAUUACUUUGUAAAAUUUUGUUUAUCUUAAUGAAAUAGGGCAAAAAUAAUACUCUGAGCGUUUUCUUGUUCCAAACAGUGGAAGGAAGUUGCAAAGAGAAUUGCAAUAACUCGGAGACAGCAAAUUAGGGACUUUGGUCCUCGUAUAGAACAAUACUCAAUAUGUAUAAAUUUGUGGUUUUAGUUAUGAAUGGUCUGAUUACAAGUGUUUCGACAUAAACCAGUGGAUCGGUAGUACAUUUCAGUUUAUUAACUGCGGCCAACCCUCAGACUAGUACCCCUAUGGGGUCUGGAGGCAGCAGCUGAUUGAAUGCAUGUACUACGAGGGGUCGAGGGUGAAACUUAAAGCACUUCUUAUUCCUUGGCUAGUCUCACUUUGAGAGUCUGGACUUUUGAUGUUACUUUUAGGGAAAAGCUUAGAUCACAAAUAACUAGAAGUAGCCACUUUGAACAGUUCUGCUCUGGUUAAGAGUUACACUCCAUGUUACCUCUUUACUCCAUGGUACCUUUUCACAGAGUAUUAUAAGCUGGAUUUUCACAUUAUGGGAAUGCAAGGUUGCUACAUUUUUAGUAUGGCAAUAUCUCCCUAAGUGUUGCCCUGUUGGAAAUCUUGAGAAUUUUGAGGAUUUUAACUUGAAAUGUAGUAAAAGUUUAGUUGACUUUUGAAGUGGCAGUGCUGUUUUUUUUUUUUAAUUUUGUACUUUGUCAAAUUAACGGUUCACCCUGUUUUAAGUGUGAUUAUUCCUUUCAAAAAUUUUUGUUCUUGCCAGUAAAUAUGUAAAUGGAACACAGACUCCACUGAUUCAUAAAUAUAAUUUUCCCCUCUUCCAUUUCUAAAUAUGAAGAAUACUGUGAUACUUUCCCCCAAAACUUGUUUAUGGUGGAGUUGUGGCAAAUAGCUUCCUCUCUGUUGGAAGCUGACUGUUCACUGGAGUGACCCUUUUUUUUCCUCACUCAUUUUUCCCCUUUUUAUGAUAGCUGGUAAUAAGUACCUCUGAAGAAACCUCCUGAACCAAGGAACUUGAGAUAAUUUGCAAUCUUAGGGUAGAUAUGUCCUUAUGCAAAACUGCUCCAAAAGCAGCUUGAUUGCUUUAUACAAUUUCCUCAGUUCUAUUAAGUGUUAUCUUGGUUUUUGUUCGUUUUUUUUUUAAUUUCUGUACACAUUUAGAUCUGGGUAAUUUAAAAUGGAAAAGGCAAAUUAUAGCAAGUCUUACCUACUACCAUUUAUGUAGUCUUAGUAAUACUGCAUGAUCUUUAUAAUGUGCUCAUCAUCUUUGGUCUGAAAGUUUUCCAGUACUGUACAAAAUUGAAAAAAAAAAAGUAAUGCCUGUGGUAUCCUUCACCUUCUCUGCACACUGUGAUCUUUACACAGAGUUACUGCAAACCUCCAAGUGUUCUCUUCCCAGCUUCCCUUCUCCUUGGGCCAUUUCUGUCACUAUUCUGUGAUUUCUCAUUAUGAUGCAGAUCUGUGUGUGAACCUAGUUUUGCUCUAAUUCCCAGAAUAACCAUGUCCCAGUAUUAGAUAGAUUGCAAAUAACACUAUCCAAAAGCAAGCUAUGAACCUGCCUUCCUAAGUAUUUACAUUUAGGAAACCAUAAAGUCUUUUUUUUUUUAAUAUUUUGGGGGGCUGUUGGGGUAAAUACAAUUGGCAAUUUAAAGGAGUUCAGAUGAGGUUGUCAAUAUGACAGCCAUAUUUGUUAUCCAAUAUUCAUCCCCUUGAGCCAGCAAAUGGGGAGUGUAAGUGCUACAAAAAUGAACUCAAGAACAGAAAUGAAAUGUUUUAUCUUGCUUUGCUUUUCAUUUUCAAAUUAUUUUGUCAUUAUCAUGUUAAAAUCAGUUUCUCUUUGUUUCUCUUUUGUUGUAUAUGUAGGCUGAGUACUCACUUUUUAUAUUUAAAUGCUGUCUGGUUUUAAAGAGUUUUGUUUGUAAAUAAAGUUUCUGGGCUACCAUCCUACUUUUGGGGAUCCAGGCUUUAGUAAUUUAUCAGCCAUUUAAAAAUUAAAUAUAAGAAUAAAUACUUUGUAGGAAACUUGGAGCCUGAUUUUGUUUUCCUUUUGUUGUUGUUGUUGUUGUUGUUGUUUUUGUUUUUUGCAGCUGAAGGUGUAAAUAAUAUAAGAUAAUGUAGGACCUACCCAAAGCCCACUGUAAAUUGGGCUACUGCAAGCUGUCCCUAUUUUUAUUAGGUUUGGGAUUUUUUGUUUUGUUUUUGUAUGUUUGAUAGAUUAGUGUCUGUACAAGUGUUAACUGUAGUGGGAUUUUGUCCAACAAGCCUGAAAUUUAUACUUUGAAAUAAACUACUGGGUUUUUAA